CUCCCCCAGCUGGCGCCUCGCCGGCUCCUUUGGCCUUCCCCAAACACCCUCCCCGAUCACUCGCCUUGUACAAAGAGAUCUCAGGUUCUCCGUGGGUCCCGAUCCCUCGCAGACCCUGGCCAACAGGCCCCCACACUGCCAGUUUUCGCGUGGAGCUGGGAGAUUUAUUGUGUUGAUAGUUAAAGUACAUUUUGCAGUUUUAGCCAGGGGCAUUCAGGAGCUGCUUCUUGGUGGAAGGAAGCACCAAGGUGCUGAAUCGAUUGGCUUUUAUUACGCCAUACUGAACGAGCCUCCAAUUUUAAAAAGGCAAACAUGGCGUCAAGUGCUCCCAGAAAAAGGAUGAGUCCUAAGCCAGAGCUGACUGAAGAGCAGAAACAGGAAAUCCGGGAAGCUUUUGAUCUCUUUGAUGCAGAUGGGACUGGGACCAUCGAUGUAAAGGAACUAAAGGUGGCAAUGAGAGCGCUGGGCUUUGAGCCCAGGAAAGAAGAAAUCCAGAAAAUGAUCAGCGAAAUUGACAAGGAGGGGACAGGCAAAAUGAACUUCAGCGACUUUCUGACUGUGAUGACUCAGAAAAUGUCUGAGAAAGAUACCAAGGAAGAAAUCCUGAAAGCUUUCAAGCUCUUCGAUGAUGAUGAGACCGGAACAAUAUCGUUCAGAAAUCUGAAGCGCGUGGCCAAGGAGCUGGGCGAGAACCUGACCGAUGAGGAGCUGCAGGAGAUGAUUGAUGAAGCCGACCGAGAUGGAGACGGCGAGGUCAACGAGCAGGAGUUCCUGCGCAUCAUGAAAAAGACCAGCCUCUAUUGA